AUGGGCAAAGUGAAUGGAGUCUUGUCUCAGAAGGAGAAGGUGGAGAUGGGGGCAGCCAUGGAGAAAUGUAUGGGUGGGGGAAACAGCACAGGGAUGACUGAAAGCAGAUUUUCUAAGGGUUUGAUUGUGUUGGACAUAUACCCUGAUGACAUUACUGUAGUGGGCACCAAUAUUUAUGGGAAUUACUCUGAGAAAAUGGCCCAGGUGGACCAGGAGGAUGGUUUCAUGAGUUGGGGUAGAAGAGGGAGCCUUGAUGGACCCAAUUCAUUGUUUGGCUUUGUUUACCAUGUGAUAUACCAUGUAAGCAUUAAAAUCCAAGAGAUCAAUAUGCCUCAAGAACAUGCUCAACAGGUCAUAGCAGCAACCAAACCAGGGAAUUAUGGUGCCUUUGGCACAUGCAUUCUUGAGAAAUAUAACAACCACUGGAUCACCUCUCCUAAUGCUGACUUUGUUCCUGAACCAUUUCUCUUUGAGGGGAAGACAAUCAUGCUCUGCUUCUGUCAGGAUGACUUGAUGUGGUCUUGGAUGUGGUGGAACAUGAGGAAUGUGCCAGAAGACUUUGCCUUGGAGAGAGGAUUGGGGUUCAGGGUUGGUAGGGUUCAUCUGGACAAGUGGAAGCAUUUGGAGAUCAUUUUUUCUGGGAACCAAAUACAUGAAGCUGCUGAUAUCUUUGGUCCAGAGUUCAUGAAGGCCACACUACCAUUGACUCAGCAACAAAGGGCAAGAUUCUCUGGGACCCAUAUGAGCACAAUUUCUGCUUCGAGCUGGUCACCCUGGACCAUCUUCUGGUGUCCUGUUCUCUGGUUGAAUGUGGAAUCUGAGUGGCUGGACCAAGUCCAUCAGAUCUUCCUGGGAGAUUCAGAGCUUACCAUGUUUGCUGAACCCUCCCUGGUAAAGGAUUAA